AUGAGCUUGAUUUUGGGAUGUUUUAGAGCUGCACGUAGCACACAUGCACGCUCUUUCUCCACAGCUUCCACUCUCCUCAAAAAGAAAGCCGUAAAGACCUCAGCUGCGAAAUCUACAAAGAAUGACGCCGUCAGGGCAGAUUCCACCGUCGUACUCCCAACUAAAGGGAAGAAACAAGACAAGUCACGAGACUGGGAGGAGGCUAAAGUAGAAACCACCCACCAGCAGGAGGAAGCUGAGGGUUCCUUCGAUCUCAGUUUCAAUGACUUCACCUCGAAGCAGAACGAUAUCACAGCCAAGUGUAAAAAGGAUCUCGAAAUACUGGUUAAUAGGGUCGGAAGAGUCACCCCUGAUCUCCUCGACUCUGUUCGUGUUGAAAUUGAUAAAGAAAUGUUUAAUUUGCAGUCGGUAGCUUCUGUAUCCGUCAAGGAUGGCAGUAGUUUGCUAGUGUCGGUGUUCGAUUCUUCUAUGAUCAGGGACGUAGAAAAGGCCAUAUUCGCUGCUAAUCUAGGUCUCACACCUCAAAAGAUUGCCGAAAACGUCCUCAAAUGUCCGGUGCCCAAACCUGCAGCCGACACAAAAAGUAAAUUGGCCAAGGAGGCAGCAGGAAUAGCUGAGAACGCUCGCAUCGCCUUGAGGCUACGCAGGCAAGCCUUGCAAAAGACAAUAAGCAAGCAAAAAGAUGGCAAAGCGUCCGGAGAUUUGCGCACAAUCGACAAAAUGAUGGACGAGGCGACUAUUGCACACUCCAAAGCGGUUGACGAUCUUGUACACAAAGCUCAAGCUGCACUUGCAUAG